UGUGUGUUUGUGUGAUUAGUUUGUGUUUGUGCCGGCAAAAUAAAAAUUCAGAUGAGAUGAAUUUGUUCGAGGAGCUGGAUACAUUGGAUCCCAGCUCCAAGCUGGUGCCGCCGCGCAUAGAGACACCCACACCUCACAAGAUAGCCGUACUUAUACUACUCAAGCAAUAUGUGAAGGAAAAAAAGAACUCAAUGGAUUCUGGAAUUACGAUGCGUCCACAGAGGCGACGUAUGUUUUGUAUGCUCAUGUUCAAGCUCAUCCAGGAGGCGGAUAUGACGUACAAUGAGCUGCACAAUUUAAUUACGAACAAGCCGUUUAAGCUGGACGCGCUUAUGCUGGAGUCCUUCGAGAAGGCAAUGUCCGAGUUCUGUGGCUCGGCCAGCAUUGAGGCGUUGUUUGACUUUGCCGAAAUGCAAAACAUCGAUACACUGCUAAAUGAAGACUACGGCGUUAGCCAGUUCAGCAUGGUUGGAGUUUACGUCCGACGAGUGGCUGUUGUGCUCGAACGCUUCUCUUUUGCCGAAAUGAUGUGCAUGUAUCGAAAUAUUUGUCUCUACUAUGAACGUGGCAUACGAGCCCUAUCCUCGGGAGCACGGAAAUUGAUUGUUGGUGGCGUGCUGCACAGAGCGCAGACGCCACCACCGUCGGCGCCGGAGGAGGAGAUUCACAAGGACACGGCUGAGCCGAAGCAGGAACAGGGAGAGGUUGGCCAGCCACUAAGCCGAUGGGCGCCGAAGCAGGCGAAAUUCUUUAUUAACAAGCAGUCGGAACUGUUGGACAAUGAUGAGAGCUCCGCCUUGUCACCCAAACAGCUGCAGCUGAAGGUGCAGCAGAUCAUUGAGGACCUUCCCUUGAAUACGACCUCCUAUUUUCUAGGAUAUAUGAAUCAACUGCGCAUACGAGAUUACUAUAAUGCGUUGUCGGCUCUGCAUCGAGCCUUGGAUCGGUCGCCUGUGCGACUGAUGAGCCAGGAGAAGGGCUAUCAAUACUUUUGCAUCAAUCUGGCGGUGCUGCAUGCGACUUUCGGGCAUCGGGAGGAGGCACUGGCUGCACUCAGAGAGAGCAUCAUGCUUGCCCAAGAACACGGUGAUAAGAGGAGCUUGAAUUUGGCCAAUACCUGGCACUGCCUACUGCGCGACGAGCUGCCCCUCUCAUAUGUACAGCGCAGCGUGGCCGACAUCAGCGAUGCGGAUGGGAAUCUUCUACAGAAUUAUACGCUUGCGCUCCACUUUGCUGUGAAACUGGGCACCGUGGCGGGCUACCAGCCGUUGCGUCUCUUCGACCUGCUGCAGCACAGCGAUCAGCUAACCAAUCGGAAUAAUCUUUCCAAUCAUGCCUCUGAAGCCUUGGCCUUGAGGAGCGCUGUUUGGUGUGCCUACGGUAGACACGAGUUGUCGGCUUUGUAUGCUCAGCUGCUGUUGUCCGUGCGGGAUCGUUUCAAUUGCAGCGGAUCGGCUGGCAUGGGCAGCGCUCUGGCCAGCUAUGCCAUGUGGCUGCAUUUGCAGGGCGAACUGCCUCUCGCCCGUGUGUUGCUCCACCGGGCUCGCGAACAGCUACCACGUAUGCCCAACGCUGAGUGCUGGAUGAUUAGCCAGUGUCAUGUGACCAUACAGUCGGGCAUUUAUCGUUGUCGUUGGCAUGACGCCCUAAAGGCCUGUGAUCAACUGCAUCUACUCGAUCCAUCGGCUGCGAUGCAACAGCGCGCCGCCAUCUAUGUGGCGAAGCGCGAAUUUUUCAAUGCACGCCGGCUGCUGGACAAGCUGGCAGCCAAGUCGGAGCUGCCGUUUCUAUUGCGCAUGCGUGUCCAAGUCCUGCUCGCCUAUUGCAGCCUAGCCGAGGGCAAUUUCUCUAGCGAGGCAGUAAUGCUGCUGCUGCGUGUGGCCGAGGAUAUGUCCGAGUCCCAGAUGGACUACGAGUUGGCCACUGUGGAUAUGUUGCUGGCACAGGUGCUUUUAAUGCUGGGCAUGCCGCAAAAGGCGUACCAGGCCAUCAAGCGCAGCAUGGACGAUAUACACAUAAACGGGGGACUCUACGAGCGGGCCAAGGCGGACUUUGUGUUCGUGCGUUGCCUGCUGGCCAUUAAGGAUGCGAAUGCUCGCAAAGCGCAGCUAUUGAAGUCCUUGGAUAUAUUGGAGCGUUCCGCACAGUCCUUUAAGAAGCUGUCGGCCCAUGCCAAAGUACUAGAUGUUUACGUAUUUCUCGCUCAGCGUUUCAAUGAAUACGGUGAGCGGACGCUGCGUAAUAAAUACGCUGGAGAAUUUCGUCGUUAUUUCAUGGAGCACCCCAUACCAAGAGAAUAUCUCGGCGGACCUUAAUUAACUCUUAAUAAACGAAUUUUUAUUAAAUUUUACAAACAUUAA